CCGUCCCGUAGAUCUACGGCUUUACGAAUUAUGUUGCUGUUCCCUUCACGAUGAAGAGAAUUGGAGAAGACUUGCAUAACAUCAUAAACUCACAAUCGCAGUUGAUUAUCACAAACAAGGAGUCUGAUGAUAGAAGUCUCUUCAGUGACAGUGAUAACCGUGGUAGUGAGACAGAAAGUUGCUUCAGUGGGUUUGACUCGGAAUGUGAUAUUGUAACACCAGGAUAUAACAUUGAUAACACACAUGUGGAAAGAUAUACAGAUACAAAAAUGGACACUCGGAAGUUCCUUGGUGAACACUGUAGGGGUAACAAUAACAUUACACGUUUGAUUACUUGCAGUGAAAACCCACCCAAUUUACAGGAUUUAUCUUUCAAUAAGAGGAAGAGAGAUGAAACAGAAGCGUUGCAUUAUGAUAAAUGUGCAGACAAGGGUGGGCACCUGUGUAGAAGAAAAAUUACAAUAGUAUGUCAUACCACUCGUGAAAAGUCAGGUAGACACUUGAGAACUGGUGGUGGUUCAAGAGUUAAUACACAUGUUGAAUGUCAUAAAAUUAAUCAAAUCCCCACAGAAAGAAUCUUUGUCAAUAAAAAUCAGGUAAAAGAUCACAAUUCAUGCAAAAUAGGGGAAAAUAAAAAUUGUGUGGCCCCUCACCAUGUAACACAGUACUUGCUGAACCCUUUAAUUUUAAACAAACAUAAUGGAGGCAAUCUGUCAAAUGUAGAAGCAAAUUCUGAGAAACCUAAUUUUUUUGCAAUAAACCAAGAUGCAAGACAGUGGGUGUCCACUGAUCAUCAUCAAACUUUGCAGCUUCAAAGUCAGACAAGUAAAUGUACUGAAAAAAAGGAGCAGUGUGGAACAUUGCAGAAAGUGUCUAAUGAAGGUAAUGGGUGCUUUCGAGUAUGUAUAGGGACUGGCACAGCACUUCAGGAAUCAUCCGAGGAAGAUGGCCUCAUUCCAUGGGAAGACGAUUUUAUGUUGGUUCCUUUUGAAGCUGAAGGCACACAGUCUCCCACCAUGUUUGAUAUAGUUGGUGAAAGUAAUCACUCAGAGGAAGAAAUAAGCGGAGAAAGAACCAAUUCCUGUCAAACUUUAAAUAACAAAGGUGGGAAUAAGCAGCUUUAUAGAUCUUACUCUUCCCCAAAUAGAGAUGGUCACAUGGAAAGUUCCCCCUUUAUACCCACAAUUGUAGGUCCAGGUCAGCUUGCACCCAACUAUUUACGUUGUUCUCCAGAACGAAUUGGAGAAAUUGGCGCAGUAGAAGAUGUAAUAACUGAUGACUCUGAGUGUUCUAGGAGAGAUGAUGAUAAUAUCAUCUUCCAAGACCAUAGCUAUAGUGCCAAUCCUGAAAAUCAUCUCAAAUGUAAAUGCAUUUCUAAUAGUGCAAGAAUAUCCCAAGAAAAUGAUUGUUGUGCAAUAGUGUAUGACAGUGCACUUGAGGUUGCUGAAAAUGUUGUGGUGCCUCAUGAUAAAUUAGCUGAAGAUGAGUUUGAUAAUUGUAAAGGCAGAGAUGAGGGAAGUACUGAAGAAAAUAGGAAUACCUCAGAUACUGCUGUUAACAGGAGCAUCAUUAAUUGCAGGAAUAACUUAGAUGAAAUUUCCACCAUGACACAUGUAGCUCAAUCUACAAAUAGCAGAUCUGUGUAUGGAAAAAGAGUAGUGGAACUAGAGCAAAAACAUCCAGAAAAAUCAUCAAAUAGCAUCAGUGAAAGUGGCAGUUAUAUGCCAAGUGUUCAAGACCUUGUUAAGAGAAUUUCUAAGGAAGUGACUGUUAAAGUAAUUCCUAGUGUAAAUGUUUCUACUGUCAGCACUAAUGAUACAGCAAAGGACCCAAAAGAAAUUAAGAAAAAAGAUUCAAAAAUGGUAACAUCAAAAUCAGACUCUUGCACAGAGAUUGAUAAUAAUUUGAAUAGUACUUGCUCCAUGAAGAGAAAAGCAGUAUCAUCACCGGAGGAGUGCCUCCAGACUGAUUUUAAUUUUGAAGCUCAUUCAGAAAAAUUUGUCAAAAUGGAUGAUAACUGGGUGGUCAUCUAUUCUAAGAUGUCAGAGCCACAAAAAAUAAAGUAAUCCC